UUGAGAGAGAGAGAGAGAGAGAGAGAGAGAGAGGAGAGAAGAACAAGCCAACUACCAAAUUUGACUAGCAAAUGACAACCAAUCAUGAAAAGAGCGCUUUUCUUGCAGGCUUUUGCUGUUGUUGUUAGUUUGAGGUUGCAGUAAAACUCGCUGCCCUCCUCAACCUACAUCCCCUCCCCUUUUUUAUCCCCUUUCCACCAUUUUUUUUUUUUUUUUUUUUUUUUUUUGGUGGACGACCCCACCAUUAUUCUGAUUUUUUAAUUCCCACCUCUAUCAUCAGACUUUGGUGGGGUCUUGAUCGGAGUCACCUGGAAAGCAAUUAUGGUGAAUUUGGGUUUUUUCAGGGAAUAUUUUGGCUUGGAUUGUCAAUGAUGUGAUCCGGGGAAAGAGGGUCUAAUUUUCCCGGAAAAUCUGGAGGUGGGUGUCCACGAUUUCUUGCUCUUGAGGAAAAAUUUAGGAGAGGGUCUUGUGGGUUUUCAUUUUUGAGGGCAAUUUGGAGGUGGGUAUCUAGUGUUUUGAUUUUCCGGGGAAUUUGAUAGGCAGAUUGAAACUUUUGAUUAUUGAGAGAAAUUUUGGUUCGGAGUUUUUAAUGCUUUUGCCAAUUUUGGGAAAUUUUAGGGAAAAUUAGGAAGUGGGUAUUGGAGGUUUUGAAAUUUGACGAAUUGGUCUUUGAUAAUUUGAUUGAAAGUCUACAAACUUUGUGAGCAAAUAAUUGAUUUGUUUGUCGUAUGGUUUGUUUGUUGGGUCUGUCAAAGUUAUCGAGAUCUUUAACCAGUAAUAUAUAGACAGUCCCAUCAGAUUUGGUUUUUCUAUGAAAAUUUUGUGAGGGGUUUAUGGUUUUCAAAGGGCCUCUCUCUCUCUCUGUCUCUCUCUUCAGAUUAUUUUCUUGGAUUUCUAUCAGAGAACAGUGACAUUCUGACAGUUUCACCCAAUUGCUUUUGGAUGUAUAUGCAAGUAAAGCUUUAUUGUGGGUUUUACUUAGUUUGGUAGAACAUAAAGAAUUUCUGAUUAGAGAAAAGUAUCAUGCAUCUCUUUUCUCUUUCUUCCAAUUCAUUUCUAUGAUCCUUUGAAUGGGUUCAGGAUCAUAGAAUAAAAGUUGUUUGAAUACAUACCAGAAAAUGUAUAUAUGUGGGGUCAUAGCAUUGCUUCAUUUGUGAAAUUUGAGAAUCUUUGUGCAGCUAGAAAAGGAGACAUAUAUCUUUCUUCUCUCUUUCUUGAAUUUCUGGGUUGUAAAUAUAUUUGAGAGUCAUGAGGUUUUUAAGUCUGGUGGGUAAUUCCUUUGGAUGCUCGGCAUCUGGAGAACGCCUUGUCUCGGCUGCUAGAGAUGGGGAUCUUCAAGAAGCCAAAGCUUUAUUGGAGUACAAUCCCCGUCUUGCGAGGUAUUCGACUUUUGGAGUUCGCAAUUCACCCCUCCAUUACUCUGCAGCUCAAGGCCAUCAUGAGAUUGUCUCUCUAUUGCUUGAAUCAGGGGUUGAUAUUAAUCUCAGGAAUUAUCGUGGGCAGACUGCUUUAAUGCAAGCUUGCCAAUAUGGUCACUGGGAGGUUGUUCAGACUCUGGUUCUCUUCAAAGCCAAUAUACACAGAGCGGAUUAUCUUAACGGAGGUACUGCACUCCACUUGGCUGCUUUGAAUGGACAUUCUCGAUGCAUUCGGCUUCUCAUUACAGAUUAUAUUCCUAGCAUUCCUGAUAUUUGGAACAUCUUAAGGAAAACCUCAAAAAAUGAAGAUUCUAUCUCAGAAUUCAAUGAAGGCGCACUUCUUCAGAUAAUUAACAAACCUGCUGACGGAGGCAUCACUGCCCUUCAUAUGGCUGCAUUGAACGGGCACGUUGAAACUGUUCAAUUACUCCUGGACUUAGGAGCUUCUGUUUCUGAGAUCACAAUGGAAGAUGGAACUACGAUUGAUUUAAUUGGUGCAGGAAGCACACCCCUUCAUUAUGCUGCAUGUGGUGGAAAUGCACAAUGUUGUCAGAUUUUGGUUGCCAAGGGUGCCAGCCUGAGCGCCGAAAAUGGAAAUGGAUGGACUCCCUUGAUGGUCGCGCGCUCAUGGCAUAGAGAUUGGCUUGAGGAAAUUCUUAGCACACGGCCAGAAGACCAGCCUCAACUUCUUCCUUCACCGUAUUUAUGUCUUCCUCUUUCGAGUAUUGUCAAAAUUGCUAGAGAAUGUGGAUGGAGGUUCAGUGAUAAUACUCCUGCAUGCUUAGACCCUUGUGUUGUUUGUUUGGAAAGAAAGUGUACUGUAGCUGCGCAAGGUUGUGAUCACGAGUUCUGCACACGGUGUGCCCUCUACCUCUGUUCCACAAACAGCACCUCAACCACAGCUCACGGCCCCCCAGGCUCAAUCGCGUGCCCUCUCUGCCGCCAUGGAAUAGUAUCAUUUUUCAAGCUUCCAGGCACCGGGCCACUACUUAAGGAGACAGCAAGAACAAGUUUGUCUUUAUCACUUUGUUCCUGCUCAACCGAGGGCCCAGAAACCGCUUCACUCGAAACCCCGUUUUGCAAGCCAGACUUCCAUUGCUCUCGAAUUUCGCCACUUGGCUCUUCUUUCCGUUCCUUGAGCUGCCAACGGUUUCCGUCCGUGAAACUCAACCCUAGCCUUUGCAUGGGAGCUCCAGACACAAGUCCUUCUCUGGUUCGUAGAACUAGCAUUGACCAGAACUUGAGGAACCAAAUCGCUAGGUGUUCAAGAUCCAGCUUUAGGCGUUCGACUUCUGAUAAUGAGAGCCGAAAAUCAUGGUUUUGCUCUUUCAAUCAGUGCGUAGCAACCGGCAGCGGAUGCUGAAAAUAUCCAUAUAUUUUCAUGAAAAUGUUUGUCUUUUCUUUUGGCUUCUACCUGUCCAUAAUCUAAAGGUUUGAUUUUUUUUUUUCGUGGUGAAAAUUAUUGGGUUUGUAAAUACCAGACAUUGAAUACAUGCUAUUUGACAGAAUCCUUUUGGACUAAUUUGUUAUAUUUUUACCUUUCCCUCUCUGCAACUGCCUGAAAGUAAAAUAUUGGCCAAUC